CGCGCGUACUGGAGUCCGAUUCCACACGAGGGCGAGGCAUGAGUUCAAUAUCUUCUUGUUGCUGCAGAGCGCCUCCCGGCUGCUGGGUUUUUGCAAUGAUUAAAAUGACCUUCAUUCCCUGAUGACAGACAGUCACUGGAAAACGGUCAAACUGGUCAAAAGACCAGUCCAACGCCUUCCUCUUCGAGGAGGACGUGCGGCAGCUGGCCGUCGGCUGGACCCACAAUGCGGCGCUGCUCCGCAACAACGAGAUCCUCAUGUGGGGCCGCAAGUGCUACGGACAGCUGGGCACGGGCUCGAUCAGCGAGCAGCAGGCGGUGCCCCAGCCACUGAGCCUCCGACUGCCCGACGGCCAGACGCCUGCUCGCGUGCACAUGGGGGCAGAGCACGGCCUGCUGCGGACUACAGCCGGCGAGAUCUACACCUGGGGCUGGAACGAGCACGGAAACUGUGGCAACAACAGUACAGAGAAUGUAUGCAGCGCGUGAAGUUGGCCGGAGCUGGCUCGGGCUUCUGUUACGCCAUUUCCGAGUCGUCUGUUAAUUAAUUUUAUAAUAAAUGUUAAAAAUGCUU